AUGCCGCGGUUACAGCUCCUGGGUCUUCUCUGUGCGCUCCGGAAUGCGGACAAGACGACGCGGUUCGCGUUCAGGACAAUGGGCUUGUCGCGGUCACGGGACAAACACCGCGUCGACGCCGCUAUAAUCAUGCAAUCUACGUCUUCAUUCUCGACUCCCCUCGCCCAGCUCGAUGCUCCCUCCGCCGCGUGCAGUCCCGACGCCCCCUCGGUAAAUGGCGGACGACCAGUCCCGGGCCCUUCCAGUCUUUCUCCACCUGCCACGGAGUACGUUUGGCCGUCAAAGCUUGCCAUCGACACUGAGGACGACUAUUUCGAGUACGCCUUCGAUUUCGUCUGGAGGGAGGAUUACGAAGAGACCGCCGACGAUACCACUGAGGAAGAGGAGGAGGAGGAUGCGAUACUCUAUGAAUCCGAGCAGGAAGACUCUGACAUGGAGGAGUCUAUUCAAACCCUUUCGCCCCCGUCGCGCGCAAAUACCCCAGUGAUAUACAACCCCAGCCCGAGUUCGACAAGGUCUAGCUCUGUUGAACCCGAGUCGGACGAUCUUCCGACACCUCAAGCCCCCUCUCGUUCUCGCGUGCUUGUUUCAUCCAAUUCGCAACUCAACACCUCUAUGCCUGUCCCCAGACUUGAACGGUCCAACCUCCGGUCAUCUGCUCGGCUCAUGGAGAAGAGGAAACGGGCUACUGGAGAUGAAGAUAAAGAGAACGUUGUUGAACGUGAGCCUUCUGAGGCCUCUAACGACACCAUGUUCGACCUGCCCGAGCCUGGCCCAUCCCGACCGUCAAAGCGGCGCAAGAUCAGUCACGAUCACUCUGAGGAUUCUGAAGAGUCUGAAGACUCGGAGGACUCAGACAUCGGUGAAAGCAAUGAAGAAGACGACACCGCGGGUGAGGCAGAGCCGGCGCCAGGCCCAUCGAACUCGGCGCAGGAGUGUCGGAUCGGCGGGUGUAGGUACAAGCUGUCCAAGAUCUACAAGGUGGAUUGGGCCCACACGAAGAUCAAAGGACACCUCCCCGGGCGCAACGCUGACAACCGCUUCCCUUGCACGUACCCCGGAUGUCCUGGCCUUGAAGACGUCUCGGGAUACAGGGACAAGGAGAACGACUUCGAAUCCGUCUCCACAACAAUCGACGAACACGGCAACACGCUCGCUGUUCCCAGCAUCACGACCAACUACAAGCCCUUCGAUAAUACCUAG